GCCACUCCAGCACGCAGAGUGGCAGCCAGAGGCUCGGUCCAUGCCGUGCCCCCUGGACGGUGCUCGUGAGGCUGAGCAAGAGGCCUCGGCAUCUCGACACCUAAGAUUGCGGGGACGGAGUGUCACCAGGGCAGAGGACCAUGUUGCGCCGCAAACCCUCCAACGCCAGCGAUAAGGAGCCCACUCAGAAGAGAAAGAUCUCACUUCAGCGCUCCAGCAGCUUCAAGGAUUUUGCCAAAUCCAAACCCAGCUCCCCCGUGGUGAGCGAGAAGGAAUUUAAUCUGGAUGAUAAUAUUCCAGAAGAUGAGUCAGGUGUCCUUACCGCAGAAGAUGCUGGGAAGAGUGGCAAAAAGCUGGGGAAAAAGUGGAGGGCCGUGAUUUCCAGAACCAUGAACAGGAAGAUGGGCAAGAUGAUGGUGAAGGCGCUGUCAGAAGAGAUGGGAGACACUCUGGAGGAGGGCUCCGCCUCCCCGACAUCUCCAGACUGCAGCCUGGACAGCCCCGGCCCCGAGAAGAUGGCACUGGCCUUUUCUGAGCAGGAGGAGCGUGAGCUCCCGGCACUUAGCCGCCAGGCCUCCACGGGCAGUGAGCUCUGCAGCCCCAGCCCAGGUUCUAGCAGCUUCGGAGAGGAACCACCUGCCCCCCAGUACACAGGGCCCUUCUGUGGCAGGGCACGAGUCCACACCGACUUUACUCCCAGCCCCUACGACCGUGACUCGCUGAAACUGCAGAAAGGAGAUGUGAUCCAGAUCAUUGAAAAGCCACCUGUGGGCACGUGGCUGGGCCUGCUCAAUGGCAGGCUGGGAUCUUUCAAGUUCAUCUACGUGGAUGUGCUGCCUGAGGAGGCUGCAGGGCCCGCCCGCCCCAGUCGCCGACAAAGCAAGGGCAAGAGGCCCAAGCCCAAGACUCUGCAUGAGCUGCUGGAGCGCAUAGGCCUGGAGGAACACACAUCCACCCUGCUGCUCAAUGGCUACCAGACACUGGAGGACUUCAAAGAGCUGCGGGAAACACACCUCAAUGAGCUGAACAUCAUGGACCCACAGCACCGGGCCAAGCUGCUCACGGCCGCCGAGCUGCUGCUGGACUACGACACCGGCAGCGAGGAGGCGGAAGAGGGUGCGGAAAGCAGCCAGGAGCCAGCUGCAAACACAGUGUCUGGACCCAAGGUGGACAUUCCUCGAGACUCUGGCUGCUUCGAAGGCUCAGAGAGCGGACGUGAUGAGGCCGAGUUGGCAGGCGCUGAGGAGCAGCUGCAAGGCCUCUCCCUGGCUGGGGCGCCUUGAGGCAGAGGUGGAGGCGCGGGCCGAGGUCGGGGCCCCAGCAGCAAAGACUGCAGGGACGGGCCCGGACUCCCACGGUGGCGCACUCCCUGGAGGACUGGUGCUGAGCCGGGCCCUGCUCCCCUAGGCGCGCCCAGGGCGGCAGGGGUCAGCCGGGGCACCGUAGGCUUGGCUGGAGUGGAUGGGGAGCCACCCAAGGCACAUCCCACCCGCGCAGCCCCCUCCCUCCACCAGCUACUGACAGCACAGAACUUCCAGGCCCCACCUGCUCCCAGCCACAGCAAGUGGGACACUGAGGGGCCGCCCUACCCAUGUCCCUCACCACCGAGGCCCCCAAAUCCUCCUCAGCCCCACACCACUUUCCCCUGGCACACUGCUCCUGAAAGGGAGGCCAAGUCAGUGUUUCGGGACGGUUUCAAAACCCUAGGGAAGCUGGCCCUUUAAAAGGACCCUAACGGAUCAUGGGUAGGUACAGAUUUCCCCAAAUAAGGCUUGAGGAAAGCUGCAUGUACCUUUCCCACAUUCCUUCUCCUUAACCUUUUUGGAGGUUUGGCCACUAACUGGUGGGGAUUAGAAUGGAUACUGCUGGGGGCCUUGCCAGCUCUGACAUUCUGGGACAUUAAAUGUCUGCUCUCCUGUUACCUGUGGCCCAGGACACCAGUGGGGUUGACUGAGGGAGCUGAAGGGGCCUUGGGCUCCCAAGUGAAAUGGCUCCUCCCGCUCAUUCAUUCCAUACCUCCCCACAUAACUCAAGCCAAGCUGCAGCUCCCCCCAGCUUAAAACAAUGCCCAGACCUCAUGCAACAUGCACUCCCCCCUUCCACUCCUGGCCCCGUCCAAUGACACUUCCCCUGAACGCUGAUGGCAGAUGGUCAGAUCUGGCUUCCAAGGACAGAACUGCCCCUCGGAAGUCACAUGCAAGUCUGAACUCAGACUUGGCCACCUGUAUGGGUUCUUACAAGCAAAGAAAGCACAAAGCUUGACACUGGGGAGUCUGUUACCCCAACUUUGCUUUGCAAAAGGUUUUGAUGUACCCUGAGCUCCAGAAAGGGAGGAAGUGUAUCUGUUGGUGGGGGCCUCCCUUGACCUCAGUACCAAGUCUGUGCCCUGAAUUUGCAGAGUAACCCUUCCCCAGGGCCCAGCUGGCCUGGGGACAGUGCCCACUACAUCUAGGACUGCCUGCUUAGUGAACACACUUCUGGACCUACUACGAGGAACUUUGGUAAAAGCUAGCUUGGGGGAAGGGUUUGGGUGUACAUAUGAGGGGAUGGAGGGGGAUAAGUUGGCAACAAUAAACAUAGG